GACACACACACACACACACACACACACACACCACUCUGCAUCUGCUCAAAACCAAGGUUUUCAUUGUGAAUUUUUUUCAUCAGGAAAGAAACAAUGAAGGAAAAUAACUCCUACAGCUGUGUGAUAGAUGAGGGUGAUGUGGCUAAAGUGGCUAAUGUCACCGUGUUUGAAUGGGUUGUUCAGGGUGAUGUUUCAGCUCUGGAUUACCUGAGCAGGAAGACUCCGACUUACCUGAGCUCUAAGGAUGAAAAUGGAGCCAGACCAAUCCACUACGCUGUCGCUAGUGGACAUUUGGACAUUAUUCGGCUCAUCGUGGCCAUGACAGGACCUGCGGAGUUGGAUGUUCAGGAUGCAGAAGGCCAAACUCCUCUACAUUUUGCUGUGGAGAAAAACCAGGAGUCAAGCUGCUCGCUGUUGCUAGAUUUGGGUGCCAAUCCGAACAUUGUAAACACAGCCUCGAUGGCACCGAUUCACUUGGCGGUCAGCAAAGGACACAAUCACCUGGUAGAGAUUCUCCUGUCCUCCAGUCAGACAGAUGUGAAUCUGGAGGGAGAUUUGGGAAACACACCUUUGAUGUUUGCAUGCUGUUACAAUAACUGCGAAGCUCUUCACCAACUUUUUAAACAUGGAGCAAAGCUGUGUCGGCAGAACAAGCUGGGGCAUUUUGCGAUACACACAGUGGCUUUUUCUGGAGCCAAAGAAGCAAUGGAGGUGAUACUGCAAAAAGGAGAAGAGUUGGGUAUUUCCACCCUUUCACACAUUAAUUACUUGGAUAAAUCCAAGAGCAGCCCACUUCAUUUAGCUGUACGAGGCGGAAAUACAGAAGUCAUCAAACUCUGCAUCGCUAAAGGUGCGAAAGUGGACCAGCAACAGUGUGACAAGUCCACGGCGCUGCACUUCGCCUGCACACAGGGAGCGAUAGAAGCCGUUCAAGCAAUGCUGCAUCCUUAUGAGAGAAGAAUGGAUGAAAUCAUUAACAUUAGAGAUGCAGCCAAUCAAACGCCAUUACACAGAGCUACGUUAUUCGAUCAUGUGGAACUGACUAAAUAUCUCGUCUCAAAGGGAGCGGACAUUGAUUGCGUUGACUGUAAGGGUUUUACCCCUUUACUCCAGGCUACAACAAGCAGCGCAUGGAAAACGGUUUCAUUCUUACUGUCUAAAGGCGCAGAUUUUAGAAUUAAAGACAAAACUGGACGGAACUUCCUCCAUCUCGUCAUCUUCCAACCGAAAGGACUGAAAAAUCUUCCUGAGCACAUCUUACAGAAUAAAGAGGUGUGGGAGCUGAUGAGCGAAGAGGACUUUGAAGGCUGCACUCCUCUACACUACGCCUGCAAACUCGGCAUCCACGACUCUGUUAAAAACAUGCUAGGGUUUAAAGUCUCCCUGGGCCGCAAGUCAAAGGAGAAAAAGUCAGCGCUUCAUUUUGCUGCAGAAUACGGGCGAAUAAACACCUGCCUCAGGCUUUUGGAGACGAUCAGAGACUCGCGUUUGCUAAAUGAGGGAGAUGAGAAUGGACUGACGCCGCUCCACCUGGCCUCUAGGGGGGGCCACAUUAAGGUGGUGGACCUGCUGCUCAGGCGGGGAGCGCUGUUCCAGAGCGAUUAUAAAGGCUGGUCGUGUUUACAUCACGCUGCGGCUGAAGGAUACACACAAACCAUGACCGUCCUGCUGGCAGCAAACAUCAAACUGCUGGAUAACACAGAUGAAGACGGGAACACGGCUCUGCAUCUAGCCGGACGUGAAGGUCACGUCGCAGCUGUAAAGCUUUUACUGAACCAAGGAGCUGAAAUCCUGCUCAAUAAUAAUCACGCCUCAUUCUUCCACGAAGCUGUGCGCAAUGGGAAAAAAGAUGUUGCUAACGCUGCUAUUGAGAAUGAGAGGUCGGCCGAGAUUAUAUGUCAGUUUAAAAUGGGCUACACUCGCUGUGCUGUGCUGGAUUUAAUCGAGUUUCUACCUGAAUCGACAAAGCAUCUUCUGGAUCAGUGUAUGACUGAAUCAGAGCAUGAUCCAAACAGCACUGACUACCAUAUCACAUACAAUUUCCAGUGGCUUCAGGCUCCAGUAAGUGUGCAGAAAUCCUCUCAAACGGACAAAACUCUGUAUAUUCAGCCUCUGUCAGCUCUAAAUGCGAUGGUGCAGUACAACCGGCUUGAGCUGCUCACACACCCUGUGUGUCAGAAAUACUUAGAGAUGAAAUGGAAAGCUUAUGGAAGUAAAGCUCAUUUACUCAAUCUGGCCGUGUAUCUGCUGGGCCUUUUGCCCCUCACCUAUCUUGUCAUCAACUUGAAACCUACACAAAUCAACACAGCAAAUGGCACGACCUUCAUCAUGGAGCCCAUAUCCUUCAGCAAACAAAGCUGUUUAAUUUCAUUGUCCAUGCUGAUGGUCUUCGUCAUGAACAUUUAUGGCAUUUGUAAAGAGUUGAUACAAAUAGCACAACAGCGAAUGAGUUACUUUUUGGACACCUCAAACCCAUCGGAUUGGGCAGCAGCCAUUUCCUCUCUUGCUUUUGUUACUCCAAUGUUCUUUGGUGUGGAAGGGAAUCUGCAUUGGCAGGCUGGAGCUUUGGCAAUUUUAUUUGCCUGGAUCAACUUUCUUCUUUACUUCCAGAGGUUUGAGCGCUUUGGUAUUUAUGUUGUAAUGUUUGGAGAAAUCAUAAAGACACUCUUGAGUGUCCUCGUCCUUUUCAUCUUCCUUUUGCUGUCCUUUGGAUUGUCCUUCCAUGCACUGAUGCUUCAUCGAGGCGAGUUCGGCUCAAUUGGUCUAUCAUUGGCACAGACAUUUGUAAUGACAGUUGGAGAGCUGAAUUAUGAGACCUCAUUUCUGGAAGCAUACGAUCAGGGACUUCUGGCUUUUCCUUCAAUCACCUACUUUGUUUUUGUGCUCUUCGUCCUCCUCAUGCCAAUCCUUCUCAUGAACCUGAUGAUUGGUUUGGCAGUUGGGGACAUCGCUGAGGUUCAGAGGAACGCAGCACUGAAGAGGAUCGCCAUGCAGAUUAAUCUUCAUACUACACUGGAAGAGAAACUGCCUUAUUGGUUUAUGAAGAGAGUGGACAAACGUAGUUUCACUAUCUACCCUAACAGGAAGUGUGCCAAGUUUCGGGGAAUGAUGGAGCAGAUCUUUUGGACCGGUAGUCCAGAACAUGAAGUGCGUACUCGUAUAGACAACCAGGUGACACACUUAAGUCCAUUGGAGACAGAAAUGAUGAAGCAGAAAUCCAAGCUGAAGCAGAUUUCUUCAGCGCUGGAGAAACAAGACAUGUUGUUGAAGCUCAUCAUACAGAAAAUGGAAAUCACGACAGAGGCAGACGAGAACGAUGGACCUGACGAUUUCCGGUCCAUCACCACUGCAAAAUUACAUAAAUCCCGCUGGGUUCCUCUGAUGCAAGCUCUUAGGGUCAGGAAGUCAAACCUGACGUACUGAUGGUGGUGUAGAGCUCCUUGAAAUGUCAGAUGUAUAUUACACUAAACAUCUACUGGAAGAACUUUACUUUUUAAAAUGUAAGUGAUUAACCAUAAAAUAUACUAUUUAGUAGGACUUAGUAUCAAGUAAUAUAUUGAGCAUUUAGCAUUAAAUCAUUGAAUACUCUCUAAAAUGAGUUCAGUUUUUCAAUAGUUAUAGUAUUUAUCUAUUUAUAGUGAGGGGAAAUAAUUGACUUUUUACCUAUAAAGUAUGUAUUUUUAAGCAUAAACAAAGAUAUGCUGAAAUUUUGAAAUUGAUAGGGAAAAUCUAUUUAAACACCACUAUUUAACCACAGUAAUAAUUUGUUGCAAAGCCAUUGUUGCGAAUUACAGCUUUGAGACAUAUACAAUAAGAAUUAAUUUGGGUCAUUCCAUGUCGAUUCUGCUAGGGUUGUUGCUGCAUAUGUCAGAUUUGCCAAUUGGAACAUAACAUGACAACACUUUAAACAUAUUUCACACAAUUUUUCAUGUUUCUCCUACAUGAGUCAGUAUCAUCAUCUGGGCCCGUCAAAAACAAUUCAAGUUAAAAUCAAAAUUCAAUAAAUUUUUUUAAAUUAACAGUUUAAACACAAACUUUUAGCAUAUGUGUCUAUUAAAGGGUCUAUAAGCCUCAAAUAUCCCUCAUGUUUGAAAGUUCUGCACUUUUUCCCAUUUUGAGGACCCCAUAAGAAAAUAAAUUGUCUUCUGUGGUGACUUCUGAGCAUUUAGACAGAAUGCUAAAAACCUAGUUUAACUUGGAUCAAGCUUUCCUUAUGUGUUCCUUUACUUUUAGCAGUGGUUCAGACCAAAGUAUUUAAAUAAAGCACACACAGACACAGACACAGACACACAGACACAGACAUACCUCUCUGUGGGACCUGCUGCCAAAACAAGUCCGUCUUUUUGUCUGCCAAAUUACCUGUGGCUGAAAAUAAUAUUUUUGGAGAUAUUAAAUCCUAAACAUUGCUUCCAGAUAAGAUGAUUUUAAUUAGAUGAUAUAUUUUUCAGGGGAGUGAAAAAAUAAAAAAUGUGAUGAUGUUAGAAUUCAGCCAAAAUACUUUACAGAGGUUUUAGGUCACAAGCAGCAAAUAAAAAAAGAAAGGAUAAAAGCUGAGGCAUGCAGCAACACAUCUCCGAGAUCCUUAAUUUCACUAUGUUUGAAGGCAUCUUUGCUGUGCAGCAUCUUUACAUGUGCCUAAGACUUUUGCACAGUACUGUAUAUUUUUUAACAUAGUGUCUGAAUACUUUUUCUUAUACAUUUUUUAAACCUGUCCAUGUUUAUGGUUAUGAAUACCUACAUUUUUGUUCAUAUUUAUAAGUAAAAAGUGUCCGAAUAAUUAUUUCUUCUCACUGUAUACAUUUACUGAGUCCUGUUUUUCCCUUGAUCAUUUUCUAUCUAUUUAAACUGCACAUAAAAAAUUUUGUUGGAGAAGUUCUUUUUUAAAAAAAAAUCCAUAUAGUAUAGUGCUUCCAUGUAAAUGCUCUAAAUAACUUGCUUGCAUUUUUGUGGAAUGCUUUAUGGUGAUAAUCAGGAACAGGAGGUUUGCACUUGUUUAAACACAGUGACACACAGAAGUCCACUGUAGAGAGGAAUGAUAAAUUAUAAGUAAUUAUUAUUAUUAUUAUUAUUAUUAAGUAAUAUAUUGAGUAUUUAGCAUUAGGUUAUUGAAUAAUCUCUUAACUGAUAGUUCAGUAUUUAUAUGUCUACUGUUAUUUUCUUUCUCAUUUUCUAUAUAUUUAAACUGUAUAUCGUAAAGUUGUUGAAGUCUUUUGAAUAAAUAUGACAAAGCAUUUUUGACUUGUAUUUUAAUUAUUUCUUAAUGAUUAAAAAUAAUUAAUGAUUUUUUAAUUAUUCAAUUAUCUACGAAGUACACUUUUCUGAGUGUAUUAUGGGUGUCGUCAAUUGUAAGCAACGUUACUCACCAACUCAGUUGUUACUAACAAUAACAAAAAGCAGAUUGGAUGUUAAAAUGUACAUUUUUCCAGGUUUCACUUUUUGUCCUGUUUCUUUUUAAAUGAUUUAUCUAUAUAAAUGAUGAAUAAAAAGUAGCGUUAUAGACCCUUUUUAAUAUUGCUCUGUAAUGCAGUCACAACUGACAAUGACGAAAGCUGUUUAAACCACACUUCAGCCAAGUAAACUUAUCCAUCUUAGACAUGCUUACGUAUGUUGUUCCCAACACUGUAUGACACACUGUUAUAUAAAAGUGAG